AUGAAGUCCGGUCAAAUAAGUGUCGCGUUUUUCAGCCUCAACAACAACAACAACAACAACAACCUCAAACUCAACAACCUCAAACUCAACAACCUCAAAUACCUAAGUUACCUCUUGGGCAAGAGACGUAGAGUUGAGGCACAAAGGAUGAAUGGGGUAACAAAGCAGGUGUUGAAGGGGUGGUUUGACGCGUAUAAAAGCCUUAUAACAGAGCUAAAAAUCGAAAACUACAACACCUACAAUAUGGAUGAAACUGGAUUUUCGAUUGGAACUAUGCAAUCUACACGAAUUAUAGUCGACUCUACGCUCC